GCGCAGGCGGUGUGUUUGUCAGCCUCAAAGCCUCAUAGCGCGAGCUGCUAGCCGCCAUUUUCUCCGCGUCUCUCCCUAAAAGCCCAGAAAAAGACUGGCGUCGAGCCGCCCUCCGGACUGCCUUUCGCCCGUCGGAAAUGGGGGAUUGUGCCGCGGGUCGCCGCGAGAUGUCGUCCAUUUGAGCAAGUUAGUGAGGGAAAGCAGUGUUUGACGAGCAAGGUGGAGAUCGCUGAUUCGUCCAUUGCCUCAAUCCGGAACGAAGCCCUUUGGCGGCCCUUUGGCUCCCCACUGGCCUCUGUUGGGACACAUUCAUGGCAUAGGAGGCCAUCUCGCCACCGCGCACUUGUUUUCCGCCACCAAAGUGUCGGGGAUUGUCAACCAAAUUCCCUGGGAUAGUGCGAGCUCGUCACGUGGCUGUCCUGCGGGGGGGCAGUAAGCGGGUGGUGUGGAGAAGGCCGCGGCGCCCGUCUCUCUGCACUGCAUGGCUGCGAUGGCGCCCGCUCUCACCGACGCCCCAGCCGAAGCUCACCACAUCCGCUUCAAACUGGCUGCCCCGUCAUCGAGUCUGUCCGCAGCCGGCGCCGAGAACAGCGGUAACGCCAACAGCAUCCUCAUCCACAGCGGCGGCCCCGCCAAGUGUAAGGUCGGGUCUGAAGAGAAGUGUCCCCUUGUUGAAUUCUGCGGCGGAGACCAGGACCAGCAGCAGCAGUCCCAAGCCGACUCUGUGGCCCAGGCGUCGGCCCUGGGCAAGCUCCAGCCUCUGGUGGCGUCCUACCUCUGCUCUGAUGUAACACCUGUCCCCACCACCAAGGAGUCAAUCACUCUUCAAGGAGUUUUCCUCAAAAGCCACAGAAUAUUGCCCAGCUCCUUGCUCAACGGCGGAGACUUUCUGUUGAGGAAGCGGCACGCCAUAGAACUCUCCGGAGGCCAGCUCAAAAGCCUCAUGAGUGGCACUAACGGUGGGGGCCAGCCUAUGGCACCCGUCAACGGCCUGGCCAAGAAGCUGGCCAACAUGUCUGGCUCUGGCCGUGUGAUGGCAAUGAACGGGGAUAAGCCUCCUGCCUCCACGGAAUCCCAGACUUUGGACUCAGACCCCCUGACGGGUCAUAUUCCAGUGAAAGGAGCCCUCAAACACAAGCAUUCCUCUGGAGUUUGUCCCAAUACACAACCCUCAGAUUGUCAGUCUGCGGCACUUUCCUCCUGUUGUCAUGGCAGCGUAGAAGUGAAAUUGGAGGAGACGGACACACAAACUACAAGUAGAAGUUCAGACCGGGAGAAAGCAGGUUGUAGCCAGCAGGGUUCCCCUUCUUUGGACAUCCUUGACACUCAGGUCGGGGAGCGCACACGUCUCAGCAGCAACCGCCAAGUGGAAAUCGAAAGUCGCCUACGGCGGCUGCGCAAGCGCCUUCAGGUGGUCCAGGCCAAGCAGGUGGAGCGACACAUUCAGCAGCAGCUGGGCGGCUUCUUGGACACCGCCGUCAGCCGCCUGUUGGCGGGGAACCGCAAAGAGCAGUCCACGGCAACAUGGAGGACAGGGCGCCACUCUUCUUCAAACAACAGAGACAGUUUGGGACGCUUCCUGAAGAGCGGCUCCAUGCCUUUGGAGCUGGAGAGGUUGUAUCUGAGCGGCUCAGCCAACCUGCACUCGGCAGAGACCGCCUUCGACUCGGAUGUUACGGAGAGCAGUUCUGGGGGAGACUCGGACCUGGAGGAGGAGGAGCUGACCCGGGUGGACAUUGAUCAGCGCCAUGUCAAAAUAUGGAAGCGUGCGGAGAGUCGCUACACGCUGGAGAGGGCGGCCAUCAUCAGUCACUGGAACUGGCUGCAGGCUCACAUCUCUGACUUGGAGUACCGUAUCCGCCAGCAGACGGACAUCUACAGACAGAUCCGUGCUAACAAGGGCCUAGUGGAGCUGGGAGGUGUCGGUCCUCAAGACGUCAAGACGGAGCCCGGAAACAGCCAAGACGCAGAGCACCCGGCCACAGCAGAACCUUGGAGAGGGCAGAACGGGCAGCCGGUCAACGGUGUCCUGAGCAGGAUGGCAGAGUGCGUGGACAGCAGCUGUGUGGCAGCACGCACACGCCCCCUCCUCAGCUGGCGCCGGCGAAGACUCAUUCAGCCCAACACUGUGGCCAACCUGACCGCCAAGGUGUCCAGAAGCAUGGCGUGCACGUGCAGAGUCAACCCCAGCUGCGUCAUGUGCGGUGGCCGGCCCACCCCCAGAGAAGACCCCCAGUAUGAGCUGCCCACCCUGGAGCGCCUGUCAAGACUGGACCUUGGCGUCCACCCCGUCCUCUCCUUCCCCGAUGACGUCUGUAUCGGCCUGCGUCUGCAGCAGGUGAUGAAGAGCUCCCUCAGCAGCCGCUCGCUGGAGAGGAGUAAGCCUCUGAAGAAGCUGUCGCUCAAGCACAAGCUGUCCUCGUCCAAAGAGAAGCACAAGUUUGCCAGCUCGCUGAUGGCAGUCCGACUGGGACACUACAAGAGUCGUGCUGACAAGCUGAGGAUGCUGGAGAGUGGCGCCGCCUGCAAGACGGAGCGACUACACGUCACGCCCUACGAGAGGAACUACAGCCGCAAGAGACUGCGAGAGCCCUCGUUGGACAGGAGCGACUCCUCACCCAAACUCUAUGUGGACACCAGCACUCCUUGUCCAUCUCUGCACAGCCCCGUCACACGCCAGCUGUCCACCUCCUCAGACAUCACCACGCCACUGGGCGCCGCUCAGCUACCCAUCAAGAGGCGGCGGGGAGAAAGCUCCUUUGACAUCAACAACAUCGUCAUUCCCAUGUCGGUCGCUGCCACCACGCGAGUGGAGAAGCUGCAGUACAAGGAGAUCCUCACGCCAAGUUGGCGAGCUGUGGAUGUCCUGGCUCAGCCGGCGGCAGAGGACGAGGACGAGCGUGAGGUGGAGGACUUGUCGGACGCCGCCUUCAUCCAGCUGCAUCAGCCCUACGAGGACCAGGAGCGCUCUCGCUGGACCUGGAUGGCCUUGGCUCCGGCCAAGAGGAGGGGCAGCAGGUCCUACAAGUCUGUGGACGGCCGCACCACCCCGCUGUUCUGCGGCACCAACCCCUCCACCCCUCAGCCCGCCUCGCCCGACCCCAGCCACUACCCCAUGCUGCACGACUACGGCCAUGUGCCGUCACCCUUGAGUCCCGCCAGCCCCGACACCGCCUCCAACCCUCACACGCCGUGUUCCAGAGACUCCCAUCGACUUCUGUCCAGCGAGGACACGCGCUGCUCAACGCCAGACUUCACCUUCGAAGAAAGGACUGUGGCGCCGUGGGAGCGACGAAACUUCCCCUUGCCCGAAGACCCCGCCCCCGAGCCCGAGACGGAAGGCGAGCACCCCAGCAGGCCCAGGAUGCGAAGCAUCUCGGGCUGCCGAGCGUACGGCCGCACGGAUUCGGACGAGGGCGACUCGCUCUGCGAGGACAAAUCCUCGGGCCAGCGGUGAACCUGAGCGGACUCGGAGUGGCUCCUGUUGUUUGAUAUUCAAACAUCAGUCUAAUUCUUUCACAGUUUUUAGUGAACACGACGCAGAUAGAAGCCUUUCCCGACAUGUUACAGUAUGGUUUGUGUAGUAUGUACUUGGAGGCUUAGUGGUGUUCAUACGUGCUGUGUACACGCCUAGCGCACUAUGUAGCGACUCCUCCCAAUAUGGCCAAAGGGUGUUUUUCUAUCAUUAGUUUGCUUGUAAUUCCCAUGUACAUUUUAGUGGAGUGACAAAUAACAAAAUAAUAAAAAAAAACACCACAUCCCUCCCCCUCAUCUAAAUAAACAGCUGCAUUUAGGAUGGUGCCCCGCCCCUUUGGAGGUGGCCUGACGUCAGAGCACUUGUUUAGUUUUCUUUGUCCACUUUGUGUAACGUCUUGGCCGUGACCCAUUCCUCCCGUGAUGCUCGCCAUGCCACACCAGCGGAGUUCAGGUUGCUCAACCAAGGGAAAUUUGCGCUCCCGUCAACUUAUUACUAUGCAAAACUUAAAAAAAAAAAAAAUCCAUCCUUUGCUUUUGCCACAGCCAAUCACUGUUGUCUCGUCAGUUGUGACGUCACACCUUGAUGUACCUGUUUGAUUGUUGCAGCAGUAAAUUACUAUUUUCAUUUUGUAAAUAGUUCAUUAAAACAUUUAUGUUUAA